CUUUUCAAUACAAGCUUUUCACCACUCAAAGUUUCCAUGGCUGCCUCGUCCUCCGCAGAUGUGAAGAUCCCAAAGUCCCCUGUGGUGAUUCUGAUGAUUGGAAUGGCUGGGAGCGGGAAGUCAACGUUGAUGCAUCGGAUGGUGGUGCGACUAUCCAAGCACAAGAAAGUUUAUACAGUGAAUUUAGAUCCUGCUGUGCGGAAUUUGGCUUAUCCAGUGAAUAUUGACAUUAGGGACUCCGUGAAUUACAAGGAGGUCAUGAAGCAUUUUGGACUGGGACCGAAUGGUGCAAUCAUGACAUCAUUGAAUCUAUUUGCCACCAAGUUCGAUCAGGUUCUCAACAUUCUGAAUAAACGUGCAGAGAAUUUGGAUGUUGUAUUGAUUGACACUCCAGGGCAGAUUGAGGUUUUCAACUGGUCAGCCUCGGGCCAAAUCAUUUGUGAUGCUUUGGCUGUGUCCUAUCCCACUAUAGUUUGUUACGUUGUCGAUACUGCGAGGUGUGUAAAGCCCGUGACCUUCAUGUCCAACAUGCUCUAUGCAUGCUCCAUUUUGUACAAAACCAAGCUCCCUUUCAUUGUCUCCUUCAACAAGAUUGAUGUGAUCUCCCAUGAUUUUCUGAAAGAAUGGAUGGAGGACUUCGAGAAACUUGGGGAUGCUCUAAGCCGCGAAACCUCGUAUGUUGCAAGUCUGUCAAAGUCAAUGAGCUUGGCCAUGGAGGAAUUCUACAGGAAUUUGAGAUCUGUAGGAGUGUCGGCAGUCACUGGCGCUGGUGGCGAGGAUUUUGAGAAAGCAAUCCAGGAAGCAUGCACAGAAUUUCAAGAGAGCUAUGUGCCCUUUCUAGUGGAACAACGACGAGAUCUGGAAGAAAAGCGAAAGGCCUCAGUGGAGGAGCAAAUGAAGACUUUCGAACGUGGUUUGGACAGGGCCAAGGCAACCAACAAACGUGGACGUGACACAGACUUGGAUCAGUUGGGAGAAGAUGUACAGAAUCUCUCGAUUGAGGAGCGUGAUUACAUGAUGGAUUGUAUGGAUUGACUGUAUUGCAAGU